CCUUAGAUGUUGAUUUGAUAUUCAUUGCGGAGCAUAUAUAUUAUAUGUGUAUUCGACUACUGCAGCGUCUCUUGUCUAUAUUAUUAAUGAUAACCAACUCCGUUCUUUCUUCCACCUACCUUCACUGUUCGUGGUGAAUUGUUCCGUGCAUGCUCUUGUUCAGGCCAUCCACACCGACUUUUGCUUCUUCCAGCUUUCGUUCGUUAACUAUUGGUAAUGUCGCAAGAUGACCGAGUGUCAGUCGAUUCUACCCAUCCAACAAAAGACAUGGUGAUCAAACACAACAGCUCGAGCUAUCUUGAGCCUCACGUCCAUCCACCACCAGUCCAUGUACCUCACCGCCAUGUCGUGCCAGAAUCACUGGCCUCGACAGCAAAGAAAUGGAAUACCAAUAGCUUGGGUAUGAGAUUAGCUUUAGAUGCCGCCAGUGCUACGACUGCUGCAGCUCUGAUAUGCCCCAUUGUUACGAUCAUAGAUCGUGCCAUAAUAGAGAAAGCCGCCAAGGGUCUUGCUAUUCGAGAGAGCUUGACGUCCUCUCUUCGAGGAAUGAUAACCCGUCCACACCAUUUCAUCAUCUCAACGCCGUUUCUACUCAUUUACACGCUCUAUUCUUGCACCUAUCUGACAGCCAAUGUCAUUGACACUGUUGUUUCAACCACGAACGAUAAGGAAUUUAGUCACGUAUCAGCUGGCCCUACAAAAUUCCUUUCAACUGCACUCGUGAAUAUGUCGAUCUGCGUAUAUAAGGAUUCACGAUUUGCAAAGCUAUUUGGAGCGCAAGGCCAGCAGACUCAAGGUUCACCCCAAUCAUCAGCCACAGCAUCUAGGGGCGCUCAGAUGGCGUGCCAAUCAAUGAAAAAAAUGGCAGCAGCGCCGAAAAUCCCAAAAAUCUCCCUUGGCUUGUUCGGUCUUCGUGACAGUCUAACGAUAUUCGCUUCCUUCAACGUCCCGCAGCUGAUCUCCCCGCAUAUUCCUAACUUCCUCGCCUCAACACCAUCAUCAAAGACAUCCUUAGCCCAAUUUACGAUCCCUGCCACCGUCCAAAUAUUCAGCACCCCACUCCAUCUUCUGGGAUUGGAUUUAUAUAAUCGCCAGCCUUCUGAAGGGCUGCCUGCCGCUGAUAGGUGGGCACGUGUGAAGCGGGACUGGUUUCCUAGCUGUGUUGCAAGAAUAGGGCGUAUCCUGCCAGCUUAUGGUGUCGGCGGUGUCGUCAACACCAAACUCCGGGCGAACCUUAUGCAUUCAGUCGAAGCAACUGCAUCUGAAAAAAGCACAUUAUAAUCAAAGGGCCGACAUUUUCGAUGCCCUACGAUUACGAUUUGACGAGCCAUGUCGUAUUUUGAUCAGACCUGCCUCUACUUCCGAACUUUGCGAUGUUCUUUGCGCUGAUAGUUUCGUCCUUGUUGCCGUUCAAAAGUCGACGCGAGCCUCGACCGCGAUUUGCGCCGAAAAUCAUUUCUGAGUGAAUUAUCAUUAGAGAGCUUUGAAGAUCUUUGAUACCCUAUCUGUUUUUCAGUUUGAAACAAAAGAAGAGGAUCAUCUAUAUACAAUUUCAUUGUUUGUUCUGGUGUUUACACAUUGCACAGAGUCGAGUUGAUGUUUUAUGAAUACAAAAGUUAAAAGAACAACAUACAGUUCCAAAGAAUCAACAUGCCUAAAGAUGUUACUCUUGUGCGUUGUCAGUUUUGUAUGUAGUCAUGGGUGUCACAAGUCACACUUCGCAGUUUUUUUGCUUGCAAUUCUGGAACCUCGG